UCCUACACCACCGGACCAUCUCUCUCUCUCUAUCUCUCUCAUGAAUGCAAACAAAAACAAUGUCACCACUUUCUCCUUUACCUUAAUACCCAAACUCCAUGACCUCGAAACCUGUGCCAAAAUUAGGGUUUCAUUUUGCCAUUUACAUGCCAUUUCAUAGCUUCUGAUUGCUAUGCUCCUACACUCUGCACAACGCAUCUCUCUCCCUCGCCUCUCUCCCUAAUCUCUCUCUCUCUCCCUAAUCUCUAUGCAUACACACAUUCAUAUAUAGAUAUAUCUGCGCAUUACACAUUUUGUUCAGCUCCUCGUUAUCUCUUUCACUCAUUCUCUCCGGUGCCUUGCUCUUUCAGCUCUCUCUCAUUCCCCCCCCCCUCUCUCUCUCUCCCUCUCUCUCUUUCUCUCUCGCUCUCUCAUACACAGAGAUCGAACAGUGAACAAAACAUGUAUGCGACUGAUUCCUACUCUCAUACUCGCCGCACUCGUCCGAGUCGAUCCACCUACCUCCCUCCGCAUCUCCGCAACACAAACACACACCCUACAUUCUCCGAUCCCAACUCAUACGCCUCCGACUCACAAACUCACCGAUUCCCACCGAGUCGAGGCCGAGGCACGCCACGAGGACGUGGCUCUGGCCGUGGUCGUGGCCGCGGCCGGUCCUACGCGCCCCGCAACCGGCCCGCAUUUCACCCAAACCCUGACCCUAACCCGUUCGACGUCAUCGAAAAGUUCGAUGAUCUGGAAAUACUCUCCGAUUCUGACGAAAAAUCCGGGAUAAACUACGAGGUUUACGACGACAUUCCGGUCGAAGCGAGCGGUUCAGACAUACCUGAACCGGCGAACUCGUUUAAUGAGAUUGAUUUAGGGAAGGGUUUGAAUGAUAAUAUAAGGAGGUGUAAGUAUGUUAAGCCCACUCCGGUUCAGCGUUAUGCUAUUCCUGUUGUGAUGGCUGGGAGAGAUUUAAUGGCUUGUGCUCAAACUGGUUCUGGCAAAACGGCGGCGUUUUGUUUCCCUAUUAUCAGUGGGAUUCUUAAGCAUCAUAAUGUGGGUUCGGGUAGUCCUGUGAAUCAUUCAGGGGUGGCUUCUCCAAUUGCUCUUAUCUUGUCUCCAACUAGGGAGUUAUCUUGUCAGAUUCAUGAGGAGGCAAGGAAGUUCUCAUAUGAGACUGGGAUUAAAGUUGCUGUUGCAUAUGGGGGAACACCAAUAACUCACCAGCUGCAUAAAUUGGAAAAGGGUGUUGACAUUUUAGUUGCUACUCCUGGUCGGCUACUGGAUAUGAUCGAGAGAGCAAAAUUAUCUCUCAAAAAGAUCAAGUAUCUAGCUCUAGAUGAAGCUGAUCGGAUGUUGGACAUGGGUUUUGAGCGACAGAUUCGAAAAGUUGUUGAGCAAAUGGGGAUGCCUCCACCAGGCGUAAGGCAGACAAUGCUUUUCAGUGCAACAUUUCCAAAUGAGAUCCAAAGGCUUGCGACAGAUUUCCUUUCAAACUACAUAUUUCUGACUGUUGGAAAAGUUGGCUCUAGCACAGAGCUGAUUGCUCAAAGAGUUGAGUAUGUCCAAGACAUGGACAAAAGAGAUCGUUUGAUGAAUCUCCUUGUUGAGCAAAGUGCGAAUGAAAAUAAUGGCAAGCGUGCUUUGACAUUGAUCUUUGUGGAGACCAAGAGGGGAGCUGAUUCAAUGGAAAGCUGGUUAUGCAGAAAUGGCUUUUUAGCAACAGCAAUACAUGGUGACAAAGCUCAGAUGGAGAGGGAACGUGCCUUGAGAUCUUUCAAAACUGGAGUAAGGCCCAUCUUGGUAGCGACAGAUGUGGCUGCUAGAGGACUGGAUGUUCCACAUGUUACCCAUGUCAUUAACUAUGAUUUGCCCAAGGACAUAGAUGAUUAUGUUCACAGGAUUGGCAGAACAGGCAGAGCUGGUAAAUCUGGGUUGGCAACAGCAUUCUUUUGUGACAAGAACUCACACCUGGCAAAGUCACUUGUGCAGCUCAUGCAGGAAGCCAAACAACAAGUUCCUCCCUGGCUCACUCAAUAUGCAGAGACAUCUUCAUCUUAUGGUGGUGCGCGGGCAUAUCGACCUGGAGGCAGCAAGUUUGGUGGUCAUGAUUUCAGAAAGGCAACAAAUAUGAGCGGUGGCAAUCAUUAUUAUUCAAGCGGAUACACUAACCAAGUUGCUUUUGGUGAACCUUGCAUAGCUCCCUCUGGUCCUUUUAAUUCUUUCUAUAGUGGUGAGCCUGCUUAUCCUGUUGCUAGUGUUGAUUCCUAUGCUGCUGGUGCAUAUGGUUACCCGUAUAAUCAUGGUUCUCUUGUUGCUGGUACUUGGAAUUAAUCCAUUACUUGGGGCGGCUCUAUAACUCAACUUUUUGGCAGUACUAAAUUAUGAUUUGGAGUAGCUGAGUAAUAUAAGCACCGAUACAGAGUAGUUUUUGAAGUUUUUAACCCUUUAGUGGUUAGAAAAUUGAAAGGGGAGAUUAUAGUUCAGAUAACUAAUAGAAUCUUCACAGUAGCUAACGUAUUCUACAGACCUCUGGUAAUCGUUUUGAACUUUAAUAGCAGCUGAGCAAUCUGAGAACGAUGGUAUUAUCUACAAAGAAUUGUACAAACAAUAUGUUACAGUUGCUUCAUAGUUAAUGCUGAAGUGCAAAAGUUACACCAUCUGUUAUUGGUGCAAAUGUUGAGUUUAUGAUAUCACAGCCUCUUUAGUGCAACAUAGUACAAUGUUUUAUCAUUAUAUACAGGUAAUCCUUCUGCUUAAUUCACAUGGUUUAUUGGCUCUACAAUGAUAAGUUUAUAGUUUUAUAUGUUGUAUGAGAUAUGGAGGACCUGUAUGCUGUAUUGCCUCACACUUUGUUAAGUUUACUUGUAACUUAUAAAUGAUAAGUGUAGUUUUGUAUUAAACUUCGUACUACUAUACUCUAAUUUUGUAAGUUGUCUGACGGAUGAAGCCUGGUAUAAGAAGAAAAAUGAAGUUCAGAAGUUUAGUGUU